CAUUCAUCUCUCCCCUCCUUCGGCUUCCACAUCCGGGUUACACACGCCAGUGUUUGUCGUCUUGCGUCGUGUGUGCGUCUUGACACUGGAGGGAGAGAGGGGAAAAAAAAAAAAAAAAUUCGCCCCUACCGAGACGCCUCGCAGCCUCUCGCCCGACUUGGCGCCUCGCAGAGCGGACACAGCUGCCGGCGCGAGUCGGCGAUGUCGCCCAGCUGCGGUAAAGCGGGCAUGAGGCGCUGGUGGUAGCCGGGCCAGCCAGCCUUGUCGUGCGGGGGCCAGUCUGCGGGGAUUCAGCCAUGUCGAAGAGCCUGAAGAAGAAGAACCACUGGACCAACAAAGUCCACGAAGCCGUGAUUAGCCGCGGCAAGGACGGCGAGCUGGGCUUGGAGCUGAAGGGGGGCGCCGAGCUGGGCCAGUUCCCCUACUUGGGCGAGGUGAGAGCGGGGAAGGGGCUCGUCCAGAGCGGCAAGCUGGCCGAGGAUGAGCUGCUGCUGGAGGUCAACGACAUGCCCGUAGCUGGCCUCACCAGCCGGGACGUGCUGGCCGUCAUCAAGCACUGCAAAGACCCGGUGCGCUUCAAAUGUGUCCGGCAAGGGGGUGUGGUUGACAAGGACCUGCGCCACUACCUCAACCUGCGCUUCUCCAAAGGCUCGGUGGACCACGACCACCAGCAGAUCAUCCGAGACAACCUCUACCUGCGCACCGUUCCCUGUACCACCAGGCAGCCCAAAGAGGGGGAGGUGCCGGGGGUGGACUACAACUUUGUGACCGUGGAGCGUUUUAUGGAGUUGGAGCAGAGCGGCGCCUUGCUAGAGAGCGGAACUUAUGAAGACAACUUCUACGGCACACCCAAACCUCCGGCAGAACCGUCCCCGGCAGCCCCUCCCCUUAAUGUGAGUGAGGCCCUGCUGCCCGGAGCCCGGCCCAGCGCCCAGGGCAAGAGGAAGAGGAACCAGUCGGUCAGCAACAUGGAGCAGCGCGCCAGCUUGGAGCCCCCCGAGGAGGAGGAGGAGGAGAGCCCCGUCGUCAAUGGCAACGGAGUGGCCAUCACGCCAGAGUCCAGUGAACACGAGGACAAGAGCACCGAUGCGUCGGGGGAGGUUGCCGUGGAAACCUGCAGCCAAGCCGCAGCCACCAGCGAGGCCCCCACCGAGGGGGAGGAGGGCCCCAAGUCUCCCUCCAAGUCCCCGUGCAAAGUCCCGGACGUGGACGAAGAAGAGCUGGGGCCCCUGCCUGACAACUGGGAGAUGGCGUACACGGAGAAAGGGGAGGUCUACUUCAUUGAUCACAACACCAAGACCACCUCCUGGUUGGAUCCUCGUCUGGCCAAGAAGGCAAAGCCUCCAGAAGAAUGCCGAGAAGAUGAGUUGCCCUACGGCUGGGAGAAGAUCGACGACCCCAUCUACGGCAGCUACUAUGUGGAUCACAUCAACCGCAGGACUCAGUUUGAGAACCCGGUCCUGGAGGCCAAGCGGCGCUUGGAGCAGCAGAGACAGAUGCAGAGUCAAGGCCUCUCCGCCCUUCCGCUGCCCGCCAUAUACAGAGAAAAGCCGCCGUUCACCAGGGACCCCACCCAGCUGAAGGGCACCUUCCUGUCCACGGGCCUGCAGAAGAGCAACAUGGGCUUCGGCUUCACCAUAAUCGGAGGCGACGAGCCUGACGAGUUCCUGCAGGUGAAGAGCGUCAUCCCAGAGGGGCCCGCCGCUCAGGACGGGAAGAUGGACACAGGCGACGUCAUCGUGUACGUGAACGACAUCUGCGUGCUGGGCACCACCCACGCCGACGUGGUCAAGCUCUUCCAGUCGGUGCCCAUCGGUCAGAGCGUGACCUUGGUGCUCUGCCGAGGUUACCCCCUGCCCUUUGACCCCGAGGACCCCAACGCCGCCAGCGCCUCCAUGACGCCCAUCGGGAUGGAGCACCGCCCCCUGGUGGUGAACGGCCGCGGCAGCUACGACCCUUACCUGGAGUAUCUGUCCCUCAGCUCCCAGCUCCCGGCUCAGGCUCUGGCCCAGGCCGGGGUCUCCCACCCGGGCGACACGCACCUGGACGGCUCGUCUCUGCCGCCCACCACGCCCGGCUCCUCCUCCGCGCUCACGCCCCACGACGACAACGUGUCCAUGGCGUCCUCGGGGCCGGCGGGCGGGGUGGCGGCGGCGGCGGAGCUGCUGACGGUCACCAUGGUGAAAGGAGCGGAGGGCUUCGGCUUCACCAUCGCCGACAGUCCCACGGGUCAGCGGGUCAAACAGGUGCUGGACGCGGGCUCACAGGCGGCGUCGGGUCUGAUCGAGGGCGACCUGAUCCUGGAGGUCAACCAGCAGCCCGUGGCGGCGGCGGGACACGGACGUGUGGUGGAGAUGUUGAAGGAAUGUCCGGUCGGAGCCGAAGCCACUCUGCUCAUCCAGAGAGCAGCGGCAGGUCACAUCUCUCCGUGGAAGGCCUCCAAACAGUUACCAGAGCAGUGGGACCCACACGGAAGCCCCCAGGCCAACAUGUCGGGUCCAGUCCUCCCUCCAGGCACUCCCUUCCCCAACCAGCCUCAGCACCGCACGUCCGUGCCGGACUCCACCGAAGGGUUCGACCUUAACAAGCCAGACCCUUACGACCUUUACGAGAAGUCCCGGGCCAUCUACGAGAGUCGACGUCCUGAAUACGAAGAGGUGGAGGUGCACCUCCUGAGGGAGAAGACGGGUUUCGGCUUCCGCAUCCUGGGUGGAGACGAGGCCGUGCAGGCUGUGAGUCCGGACGCCCGUGACAAGAUCGUGAUCGGCGCCAUCAUCGAGAACACGCCCGCCGAGCGUGACGGGCGACUGCGGCCGGGCGACGAGCUCAUCUCCGUGGACAAAAACGUGGUUGCCGGGAAACCGCACAAGUACGUCAUCGACUUGAUGCACGCCGCCGCUCGCAACGGCCAAGUCAGCUUGACCGUGAGGAGGAGGGUGCAGAUGCUGGGCGAGGCGUGCCCCGUCAACGGCCGCAGCCCCAGCCUGGUGUCCACUCAGCACAGCUCGCCACGCAGCGACGCGCCCUCAGCUCCGCCUCUGGUCACCGUGGCGACGGCGUGCGCUCACCAGGACGGCGUGCAGACCAGCGACGUGGUCAUCCAUCGCAAAGACAACGAGGGCUUCGGCUUCGUCAUCAUCAGCUCCCUCAACAGGCCCGAGAACGCCGCCGUCAUCACUGUGCCCCACAAAAUCGGGCGUAUAAUCGAGGGCAGCCCUGCAGACAGGUGUGGCAAGUUGAAGGUGGGCGACCGCAUCCUGGCGGUGAACGGACAGUCCAUCAUCAGCAUGCCUCACGCCGACAUCGUCAAGCUCAUCAAAGACGCCGGCCUCACCGUCACGCUGCACAUCAUCCCGGAGGAAGGGUCUCAGUCUGGGCCCGGCUCCGAGAAGCAUAGCCCCAUGACCCAGAAGCACGGCGCCCAGCCCAACGCCGCAGCCCUGAGCGGGCAGGCGGCGUCUCAGAUGGCGCUUCAGCCGGGCCAGCAGGCGUCCAGUCAGCCCGCUCAGACGCCGGCUCCCAGCAGUCAGAUCCUGGUUUGUCCUCCCGCACCGGCGCCAUCGCACGCCACAGCGCCGGUCACGCAGCAGAGCCCCGUGGCACAUCCCUCUGGACCUCUGCCGCCGCUCUAUCUCCACGACGGCAGGUCAGAGGUUAAAGCGAGACAGGAUGUCAAACCUGACUUCCGCCAUCCUCCGUUCACUGAUUACAGGCAACCCCCGGUAGACUACCGUCACCCGCCGGUGACCGACUACCGCCAACCCCCGACGCUGGACUACCGGCACCCGCCAGGCCUGCUGGACUUCAGGCAGCACCCUGCCGCCUCGCAGUUCCCCCUCAGCAUCACGGCGGACUUUAGACCGCAGGAUUUUGACUACUUCACGGUGGAGCUGGAGAAAAGCUCCAAGGGCUUCGGUUUCAGCAUCCGAGGCGGCAGAGAGUACAAGAUGGAUCUGUUUGUGUUACGCCUCGCAGAGGACGGGCCCGCCAUUCGCAACGGGAGGAUGAGGGUGGGGGAUCAGAUCAUCGAGAUAAACGGGGACAGCACGCGGGACAUGACUCACGCCCGCGCCAUCGAGCUCAUCAAGGCCGGGGGCAGGCGGGUCAGACUGCUGCUAAAAAGAGGCACGGGGCAAGUUCCGGAAUACGACUGUGUCGGCCCCUGGGAUGCCCUUUCUACAAUCCACUCUACCCUGCAGGAAGUGACCCUGGAAGCCCACCAGAGUCCAUUGCCUUCAUCCCAUCCGGCCGCAUCCCUGGAUUCCCCUCAUCAGCUCCCUCUAGAGGCCAAAGCGUGCAUGACGGCGGACACGAGCCCGCAAGUGACAGACCGCGGCUCCUCGGCUCGAGGGGCCGCAGGUGGCAGGUCCACCCAGCAGACGUGCAGCGUCAGGGGGUCGGCGGAGGCGGACAGGCCGCCCCGGGCUUUGCCUCCUAAGGUCGCCUUGGGGAGGCCCGCUGACGCGCGGGAGCGCCAGUGCUCCCCGUGCUGCGACACCCAGACGGUGGGCACUCUCUGGCCGUGGGACCCUUACGUGAGCCUCACUUCCAGCGGCGCCUCUCUGGCGGGCGGAGACGCACACCCGAGCCUCCAGGAGAGGCCGCCGACCAGAGGCCUUCGCCCCAGAGAGGAGGAGCGCUCCGGGGGCCACCUGGGGCUCUGCUGUCCCUCUAAAAGCGGAGGAGAACCGCCUGCCAGGAGCGCGGGGUCUUGGAACAUGCCCGGGCCGGAUAAGCUGCCGGGCACCCUGAGGUCCUGGACCUCCACUGUCAGCAGGUAGAAAAGGAUCCUAGGGGACAAAAUCCUCUCCAUUCCUCUCCUCAUAGUUCCUUCAUUUUACCAGAUGAUUCUGACACCCACCACCUUAAAGAUGGAGAGCAGACUUGUGGUGGACAUGCCUCUGAGUAAAUACUGUCCAAGUCAACAAUAUGUACAUGUUGCUGUUUUGUCCUUCAAACAAGAAGAGGAGAACCAAAAAACAACAACAAAAAAAACAGUUCUCUACCUGGGCCUCGACUACAUAUCAAAACCACAUCACCAAAACGGUGACCCCCCCCUAGAGGAGGUUUUGUGCAUGACAUUCGCAAAACAAGGACCACUUCCUUCGCCCUGGUUUUCCCUAUGAAAGUGAACACCUCUGAGUUAUGUACACAACUCAAUCAUAACCAUGCAGUCAUUAUUAUUAUUAUUAUAAACCUGUUGUAUUCAUUUAAAGUAGGGAGGGGGGGGAAGCAUCGUCCAAGUCUAUAUUUCCCAUUUCUAGGCCUUUUUUUUUACCUGUGCUAUGUGUACCACAUCACUGUGCACAUAGCAGGAAGUGCGAGGGAAGACCAUGGACGGGGGCAGGGCGGAGUGCCUUACACUGAACUCCUCUGAUGGCGACACAUAUCAGACGUCACAUGUCAAGUGUUGUAGCGUGACCGUCAAGAACCGAUGGGACAUUCCGCGCCGUGUUGUUGCCGUGGCAGACGGGCGGAACCUCCGAGGUGGGACGAGUGUAACGUUGCCAUCGAGCGACGUUGACGUUAAAGAGUCGUUAUAUUGGUUCCAGGUCUGACCCUAGGUAAAUGGAUUUCCGCAAAGUAGUAAAUCAAAUAUUUCUAGAGAUGUCCGAUAAUGGCUUUCUUGCCAAUGUCGGAUAUUCCGAUAUUGUCCAAGUCUUAAUUAUCAACCGAUACCGAUAUAUACAGAACUGUCUCAGAAAAGCUCCACGGUGGCAAGGCCCCGGGGGUGGAUGAGAUCCGCCCGGAGUUCCUUAAGGCUCUGGAUGUUGUGGGGCUGUCUUGGUUGACAAGACUCUGCAACAUCGCGUGGACAUCGGGGGCGGUACCUCUGGAUUGGCAGACCGGGGUGGUGGUUCCUCUCUUUAAGAAGGGGAACCGGAGGGUGUGUUCUAACUAUCGUGGGAUCACACUCCUCAGCCUUCCCGGUAAGGUCUAUUCAGGUGUACUGGAGAGGAGGCUACGCCGGAUAGUCGAACCUCGGAUUCAGGAGGAACAGUGUGGUUUUCGUCCUGGUCGUGGAACUGUGGACCAGCUCUAUACUCUCGGCAGGGUCCUU